AGUGACACACUUAUAUUACUCCAGUUGUCAGUUGCGUUUGACGGAUAUUUAUCGUGCUGCCGUAUUAACACAGAUACUGAAGUUAUUAAAAACCUAUUGACUAUUGCCGAAGAUUUUUCUAAAGAAUGCAGUAAAUAUUGAUUGUUUUAAAAGUUAGUUUUUACAGUACUUAUCAAGGAUUCAGAAUUCCCAGGAUGUCAAAAUAUUUUUCUGUUAAUGAAGAAAUAAAAUGCAAGCAAAUCUCAUGAGUAAUCUUUAAAUUUUGUUGAUAAUUUCAGUAAUCAUGCCAGUGGUUCCGCUAGAAAGACUGCCUAAUCCUAAUUUAAGAAUAUAUUCAUUUGUAAGUGUUGUGGCUUUGUCUGCCUGCGUCUACUAUGCGGCCCAGAUCAUUAAACAACCGAAUUGGAAUUACUCGGAUGAAAUGGUUAAAAAGGAAUCCUCAAAACAUCCCGAUGUACAAAAUAAUACAGAUGAUAAUUUAAAGAGCAGGGGACAGUUUAUUUCUGAUGUUUUUACCGUUAUGAUCCGAGAGCCUUUCUGUGUUUGGACUAUGAUAAACAUGGCAUUUUGUUUGUUCAUUUUGCUUGGAAGAGCAGUCCAAAAAUUGGUUUUUGGUGAAUUAAGAGUUUCUGAACAACAACAACUGAGAGACAAGUUUUGGAAUUUCGUUUUUUACAAAUUUAUCUUCAUUUUUGGAAUAAUCAACGUCCAGUACAUAGAUGAAGUAUUAUUAUGGUGUUCGUGGUUUUCCUUGUUGGGAUUUUUACAUCUCUUAUCACAGUUGAGCAAAGACAGAUUCGAAUACUUGUCAUUUUCACCUAGAACGCCUUUUUGGAGUCAUGUCAAACUAAUGGCUCUGCUAGCUGCCAUUUUUGCAGCUUCAGGAUUUAUGUUUGUAGUUUCUAUUUUCGUCGGGUUUUUUGGUGGACUCAAUACAUUUUUCUUCAUGUUCUACGAGGUUUUCUUAUUGGCCAUUCGUACCCUCCAUGUAAUUAUUCGAUAUGCUUUUCACUUGUACGACACUCGAAACGAAAAUAACACUCCUACAACAUCUGAAGAUAACAAAACAUCAGAUAAACGAGGUCCAGUUUCCUAUUAUUUCGAACUAUGUUUUGAUCUCGCUGCCCUCAUCAUAGACUUAAUCCACCAUCUACACAUGCUUUUGUGGAGUAAUAUUUUUUUGUCCAUGGCUAGUCUCGUCAUUUGUAUGCAACUCAGACAUCUUUUCCAUGAAAUACAGAGGAAAUACAAAAAGCAUCGAAACUAUUUGUGGGUACGAAACCAUUUGGAACAGAAUUACCCAAUGGCUACUGAGAAAGAAUUAAGUGAUAAUUCAGACAAUUGUGCAAUCUGUUGGGAAAAAAUGGAAGCAGCAAGAAAAUUGCCUUGUAGUCACCUCUUUCACAAUACUUGCUUAUUAUCAUGGCUGGAACAAGAUACGUCAUGUCCCACAUGUAGAAUGACUUUGAACAUACAGAGCCCAUCCACAAACAGUUUGCAACCGCCUGAAAUACAAGCAGAUCCUCAAGAGAAUACUAGAAGGCCGUUCAAUCACUUUUUUCACUUCGAUGGUUCAAGAUAUGUAUCAUGGUUGCCCAGCUUCUCUGUUGAAGUAAGUCAUGUACAAGGCAUCCGUCAAAACCACAUAGCGGCUUCUAAUUCACAAUUAGAUGCAAUGGCCAGACAAGUUCAAACACUAUUUCCCCACAUUCCUAUUCCAACUAUAAUCGAAGAUCUACGAGUAACUCGAUCUGUGGAACUAACAAUUGAAAAUGUACUUGAUGGCAGAUUAGUUGCGCCGCCUAUGUUCAGAGAUUUGGAUAUUGAUCAACCUGUGAACAGGAAUCCAUUAUCAGUAUUACAAUUUGACAAUCCAGAACCAAGUAACAGAAAUUGGGACGAUUUUAAUACUGAUACUGUUGAACCGGAAGAUUCCAUUCCAUUAGGCAGCCGUUUUUCUAAAUCUUCGAGAGAACGCGAGAAGAUCCUCCAUAAAAGAAAGGAGCACAUGAUUCAGCAAGCCAGAAAGAAAUAUAUUGAAAAACAGAAGGCAGCGGCGGCCGUAAAGUCACAACUUCAAAGUUGAAGAGAAUUUUUUUAUAUUUUGAAGGAAACUAAUGAAAUAUUCAGUUUAAAAUGUGUUUGAUAAUCAUUCGUCAUUGGAAUUAUCUUAGAAAAUCGCAACAAAAAUGAAUUUUUGCAUCAACAUUGAAAAGGUCUAACUCGUUUGAUAUUCGGAUUUGUAUAAUUCAGAAUUCUAUUGUUUUCCUAUUAUGUGUCUAAAAUUGUGCCUAAAUUAAUAAAAGUCAGUUAUUCACAUUUAAAAA